CCCCGCCUCAGAGCAUCACCACUUGGGGUCCCAGCAGCAUUCGGCAUCGCAGAGGAGAAGCUAACCUGCAUGCAAGACCACCGCUCGGAAACUUACUCCAACACCAAGAAUCCUAAGAGAACUAGAACGUUCUUUCAAGAUCACACGCUGGACUUUUUAAUUGUUUUAUUUAUUUUUUUUUAAGGGGGGACGGUAUUAUAAAGCCGCUCUUUUGCAUGGCUCCACGUCCUAACUUUUUUUUCUUUUUUUAAGAGGGGUAUUUUUUUUUUUUUUUUUUGGAGGGGACGGUUUAACCGAUCGGUACCGGCGCUGAGACGUUCCUCGUCCUUUGGACCCUGACACAGCUCCCUAAGCUGAGGAGAAGAAGAAGAAGAGGCGGAGUCGUCGUCGUCAUCCCCAAAAUUUAAAAAAGGAGCACUCCGGGGCUCCGAGGCGCGCAAACAUGAUGAUGAUGUCUCUGAGCAGCAAGCAGCCCUUCGCCGCCAUGGCCCACGCCAGCCUGGCCGAAGCCAAGUACUCGUCGCUGCACUCCUCGGCCUCCUCCUCCGCCUCGUCCACGCUGACCUCCUCGGCCUCCUCCUCCUCGUCCACGCCGUCCUCCUCCUGCUCGUCUUCCCGCCACAGCGGCAGCAGCAUCAUCAGCACCAGCAGCUCGGAGGCGAUGAGGCGAGCCUGCCUGCCCAACCCGCCGAGCAAUAUAUUCGGCGGCUUGGACGAGAGUCUGCUGGCCCGGGCAGAAGCUCUCGCCGCGGUGGAUAUCGUCUCGCAGAGCAAGAACCACCACCACCACCACCACCACCACCCGCCGCACCACAGCCCCUUCAAGCCGGACGCCACCUACCACACCAUGAACACGCUGCCGUGCACCUCCUCGUCGUCCUCCGCGUCCUCGGUGCCCAUCUCGCACCCCUCCGCCCUGGGCGGCCACGGCCACGGCCACGGGCACCACCACCACCACCACCACCACCACCACCAGCCGCACCAGGCGCUGGAGGGCGAGCUGCUGGAGCACAUCACCCCGGGCCUGGCGCUGGGCGCCAUGGCCGGGCCGGACGGCUCGGUGGUGUCCACGCCGGCGCACCCGGCGCACAUGGCGGGCAUGAACCACAUGCACCAGGCGGCGCUCAACAUGGCGCACGCCCACGGCCUCUCCACGCACAUCGGCAUGAGCGACGUGGACGCCGACCCGCGGGACUUGGAGGCCUUCGCCGAGCGCUUCAAGCAGCGGCGCAUCAAGCUGGGGGUGACCCAGGCGGACGUGGGCUCGGCGCUGGCCAGCCUGAAGAUCCCCGGCGUGGGCUCGCUCAGCCAGAGCACCAUCUGCCGCUUCGAGUCGCUGACGCUGUCCCACAACAACAUGAUCGCCCUCAAGCCCAUCCUGCAGGCCUGGCUGGAGGAGGCCGAGAAGUCCCACCGGGAGAAGCUCAACAAGCCCGAGCUCUUCAACGGCGCGGAGAAGAAGCGCAAGCGCACCUCCAUCGCCGCGCCGGAGAAGCGCUCGCUGGAGGCCUACUUCGCCAUCCAGCCGCGGCCCUCCUCCGAGAAGAUCGCCGCCAUCGCCGAGAAGCUGGACCUGAAAAAGAACGUGGUCCGCGUCUGGUUUUGCAACCAGCGGCAAAAACAAAAACGCAUGAAGUACUCGGCCUGCGUUUGAACGCGACCCCGCGGACUCCGGGGACGCUUUGUAUCAUAGCUUUCCUUUUCAAAUAUUUCAACAACAACAAAAAAUGCAGAAAAAA